CUCAUCGGGACAGGAAGCUAGCUCCGUUGCGUCUGGCCCAUACAGAACCAUUUGGGGCCAGUGUGCGUAGGCGUAGCUCUAAGCAGGUCAGCAGCCACAGGAUGGAGGAGGUGACCGGGUGGAGGGGAGCUGGAGGAUCGGCGCACCGCCAGUGUUAACGGAAGAUUGAGGAGCAGCUUCGAGAACACUUUUUAAACCGGUCAUAGUUUUUAGAAUUCCAAGUAUCUGUUACGGACAAAAAAUAAUGUCCAAAGAUAUUUUGGCACUAACAACACAAUUUGUAGCAAGAAAGAUGAGCAGCCUGCUUCAAUGCAUGAGAUUUCCAAGGAAACAGAGAGCCAAGAGAGUGUAAAGGAGAAUACCAAAAAAGAUUUGUUAGGUAUUAUUAAAGGCAUGAAAAUUGAAUUAAGCACAGUAAAUGUACAAACAACCAAGCCGUCCAGCACAAGACAACUUAAAAGUGUGGAAGCUACAAUCAACAAGCUUCAAAAAGCUCCAGGAGAUGCCCCAAAGAAGAGAACCAAGUCCUUGAGUCCUGAGUUGGUAGCUGCUGCAUCUGCUAUUGCAGAUUUUCUCCCUUUUGAUAAGCAGACAACCAAGUCAGAGCUGCUCAGGCAGCUCCAGCAGCAUGAAGAAGUCUCAAAGGCACAGAAAAAUGGAGGAAGAGCAAAAAUUAGUGUCAGUAACAUAAUAUCAGACAUGAAAGUUGCCAAAUCUGCCACAAUUAGAGUUAGUACAAGACCAGUGCAUCAAAUUCAGUUUGAUGAAGGAUCUGAUGACUACAUGAGCCAAAAGACCAGUGAUGUUAAAAAAAGUCUUAGGAAAAAUAUGCUCAAAGGGAAGAGACUUAAUAUUUUUGACCUUAAGGCAGUUACUGAAGAGACAUCUGAAACAGAGACUACACCUUCACUCUGGGAUAUAGAAUUUGCUAAGCAGUUAGCUGCAGUAAAUGAACAGCCGCUUCAGAAUGGUUUUGCAGAAAUGAUCCAGUGGACGAAAGAUGGGAAGCUGUGGGAGUUUCCAAUUAACAAUGAAGCAGGUUUUGAUGAUGAGGGUUCGGAAUUUCAUGAACAUAUAUUUCUGGAUAUACACCUGAAAGAUUUUCCAAAGCAAGGACCAAUUCGCCACUUCAUGGAACUGGUGACCUGUGGCCUUUCCAAAAACCCAUACCUGAGUGUUAAACAGAAGAUUGAACACAUAGAGUGGUUUAGAAAUUAUUUUAAUGAAAAACAAGACAUUCUAAAAGAAAAUGGCAUAGAGUUCAAUUGAAGACCAUGGAAAUUGUUAUUUCAAGCUGUUGGAGAUGGGUAUUAUAACUAAAUAAAAUAAUUUACUAAAAAUUUU